GCGUACUCUUAUGUGCGAAGAAAAUAUAUAUAAAAUGUACGCAUACGGUACGGAAGUAUGGGAGAGAGAGUAGAGAGUCGAGUCUUUCGGUGUAACUGAAGAAAAAAGAGUGGCACAUGCCCUCUGUGCUCUGUGGGAGAUAGACAUUUAGGAAGAGAGACUGGUAUACGAUCCGGUUGCCCGGCGAACUCGUAUGUCUCUAUCAAGUUCUUUCUUUCGCGAACGAUAACCUUUCGAAUUUGUAAAAUUAAUCCAAAAAACGUGAGAUUCUCUCGUUUGGAAAAAAAAAUCCAAUCGUGUGCAAUUAAGAACCCCCGAAGACCCCAGUGUUUAUGACAAAGUGCUCGGCGUCAUAACUACGAUCUCGAAAAUAGCAACGUUCUCAGGGAGAACAACAAGUGCCAAGUGGCACACGCGCACCGAUAUAUAAACAUAUAUACGUAUAAUAAGCAAGCAGGAGAAAAGACGAAAGCGAGUGCGUAUGUGAGAGAGGAAUAAGUGAAAGAGAGAGAGAGAGAGAGAGAGAGACAGAUAAAUAGUGUUAUAUGUCGCCGAAAUAAUUGUAGAGUGUAGUGAAUGUCUGUGAAAAUCCAAUAAUCACGUGUGUGUGACAGUUAGUGUUGUGCGCGCGUGGUCCAUUCGGUAAAAAAUUUAUACGAUUACGUCUUUACAUACGAUUCUUUGAAUCGCUCUUCCGCACUCUACCCCUAUUCUUUAAAUAUCACGCACGAGAAUUGAGGAGUAAAUAUUAUUCAAGAAAUUCGCUGGUAUACCGGUGCAUGUCAUGGAAACAGGAUAUCUGAAUUUCCACGAUGAGGAACAUUUUUCAGAUUUCUCAUUGUCUCUCGAUCAGCACAACCUCUUGGAUGAUUCUCAAAGUUCGUUACUGGCAAUUGACGAUGACUUUGAUUACGUCGAGUCUACCAUGGAUACUUCGGCAAUUUUAUGGGGCACCGAACAAGAACUCAACGGGGACAUGGCAGUUUUACCGGUAUCAGGAGUUGCCUCUAUCAUUCCGAAGAUUGAGAACAUGAAGGAGGAUUUUGCCAAAGUGCUCACCGAUUGGCAAGAGCACAUUGGUUAUCUUCAGGCUUCUGACAUGGGCGAAGAUAUUGACAUGGCUGAGCUCAGUAUGGGAAUACCGGAGAAGCUUAAUACGGAUCUACCGGAGGAUAUUUUUCAUAACGAAAACACUGAGGCUCGAGUUAAUUCGCAUACGUCGCCGAUGAAAAAGCGACACCGCGAUUUCACAAAUAGCCGGAGUCCAAAAUCUAAAACCAUAUCCGAAUCCAGCUUACAGGAUAUAGAUGUUAUAGGGCUCGACUCGAGCGAGGAUUUAGACCCGAUAAUCGACCUGAUGCAUAUCGAUUUCGAUCAUGCGAGUUCGUUGUCCGAUGAUAUUGAUUUUGAAUUAUUAGCUGCUUCGAGAGGCAAGGAAAAAUUUGAUUUGGCCUCGUACAUAACCGGGGACGACGAUAUAAACGAAGCAACGUCUUCCUCGACCGGAGCAACCGACACGAUUGAGUUAUUCCGACCGAAUCUCACUUGUGACAACAUAUUGGGGAUAUGCGAAAAAAAAUUGAAAGAUGUUGGCGCUCCGCCUGUCGAGGUCGCCAAAACACACGAGGCUAAUUCCGAUAUCGAAGACGCCGUUGACGUCGAAACCGUCGUCGAGCAAAUACCAGUUCUGGAAGCUGGUGACGUCAAAAGUCUUUUGGAACAAUUCGAGGCUUCAGAAGUAUCUGCUAUCGUACGACCAUCCGAUUGCAAAUCCAGAGAAAAAAUUCAUCAUUGCAAUAGCAGCAGCAACGGUGACGUUAAUUUAUCGAACGAUUCGACAAAAAUCCGAGCAAUCGACCAACAGAAGAGAAUAAUACCUAAACCCGUAGAGACACAAGACUCGAAAUUUCAUAAAAAUAUCAGAGAUUCUUUACCAAAAGAAGUGAUCGAUAGAAUAAAGGCUUCGGCGCGCAAGAAAGUAAUAUCGGUCAUACCAGCGCUGUCAAGUCCAAAAAUUGGAGCUAGAAGCACAAGGAUGCAGGAGGCAGCAGCAACACUCUCGAGAACGAAGCUUUUGAAAAUCGUGACGAAUGGUUCGAACUCGUCGAGCGGUCGGGUGGACGGUUCGGUACAGCUGGAUCACGAUUAUUGCAGCAGCAGUAGCAGCAGCGGUAACAGUAGCAGUGCAAGUUCGACGAUCGGUAAUUCCGAGUCGUUGGAAUCGGGAACGGGAGAGAUGACAUCUUUUAGUAGAAAAACGAGGGGUGUAGAGGAAAUGUUUAGCAAUGGAGGAAAAGCCGUGGGUUAUUACGUCCCAAUUACGAAGAAAAAAGAGGAAAAUGUGCGCAAGGGUUUGACAAAGAAGGAUUGCGGUUCGAAGAAGGACAGUGGUUUAGAAUCAGGCGAAGUAAGCGACGCGGGGGAAGAGCCUCAUUUGUCAAUCGUUGAAAAAAAGGAUCGUUCUUCAGAGAUAGUUGGAGGGGAGAGAACUGUGGAAGAAAAUGAUGAAAGUUUUGCUUGUUCCUCGUCUACGUCGUUGGGUUAUAAUAAAGUUGAACGAAUAACAAUGAAGAGUUCGAAGUUUGGUGAAAAACCCGGGAUGACCGAGGUAGCCCCGGUUUACGGUAUGAAAAUUCGCUCCGCCUUGGCGACGAGUAUUCUUCAGCUUCGCAAAGGUGUUUUAACGAAAACUAAGAGCUUCGAGACUGUUGGAUCUAUGCCGCACAAUAAAUUUAAACAGCAGAUGGUUUCGGUGUUAAAAAAGCCACCGAAUAUUGGCUUGAUAGCUAGUAACCCGAACGAGAGUAUCGUAACGACGAAAAAUAGCUCGAACGACGAAGUACAAAAUAUAAUUGUACGACAGGAGAGAAGCAAUGAUUCGAGCAACGAGCCGAAACCGAGCAAUACGAAUGAAGAAGCGAAGAAACUAGUACCACGUAGAAAGUUGAAUCUCGCUGAAUAUCGAAGCCGUAGAGAACAGACGAGAAGCGACAAUAGUCGUACUUGUUCUCCCAUUCAACCUAUGACUCUUAUUUACAUUCAUCAUGCUUCAACUUCCACCGAACCCAUCCAAGACGAUCCUGAUAAUCCUCUUUGGUCCGAACGAGAAAUCGUCUCGGUUCUCAAGCCCAGAGCCGAUUUUGAGGAAGAGAAAAAUCGAGAAAAACCUUCGACCCGUGAAAUCGCUGUGCAAACUGGCGAAAAUACGAAGAAUUCAAAUUCCCGUGAGGAUAAUCAACUUGCCAAAACUACCGUCGCUACUGCCACUACGAUUGCUACAGCCGGUAGCAAUAAGAGUAAUAAUACUAGUUCCGAACGAAUUGAAUCUGAAACGAGAAUAAUAAAAACGAAAGAGCAGAAAAGUCGGCGCUACAGGAGACGUAGGACAAGCUCCAGCUCUUCGAAUCGUUCGAGGUCCCGCAGUCCAAUGAGUUCGCGCGAUAGAAUCAGAAGCCGCAGUAGAUCGAGAAGAUGCAGCACCAGUAGCAAUCCACGAAGGCGACGAAUAAGUCAUCGUCGUAGCUCCGUUAGCUCGAGCAGUAGCAGCUGGUCAUCUCGUUCACGAUCACGCUCCGGAUCAUCAACUUCCCGAUCAAGAUCCAGAUCCCUGAGAUCGAGAUCACGCUCAUCCAGAUCAAGAUCGAGGUCAAGAUCGUCUUCCAGAUAUUCCAGUUGUUCGAGGUCGUCAUCUCGAUCGAAUUUGGGAAGGAAUAAAUGGUCGGGUGACGUUCGGCACAAAGGUCGUCGGGGUCGGCAACACUCAAGGACAAGUUGUGAUAGGUACAGACGAGGUUCCUCAGGUAGCAGCUAUGACUACAGAGGCUGGAGGAGAUCGACUCGAAGCUCAUGCAGGAGGCAAUACGACGUUUGGUAUAACAAAGAGAAGAAAAGACAGAUGGAGGAACGUCGCGUUAUUUACGUCGGACGUCUGUGCGAGAACACUACGAAAGCCGAUCUCAGACGACGAUUUGAAGCUUUCGGUCCGGUUCUUGAUAUUAGCGUACACUUUCGCGAGCAUGGUGACAAUUACGGAUUUGUUACUUUCGCUUACAAAAACGACGCUUACGAGGCAGUGGAGCACGGGAAUGACGAUCCAUCCUUGCCACGAUACGAUCUUUCUUUCGGAGGUCGGAGAGCUUUUUGUAAAGUCAAAUACGCCGAUCUCGAUGGCAUGGCUGGAAGUUCUCUCAACAGUCCCAUCGCGCCUCCACGAAGCAUUAUCAAAUCGGACGAGGACAACACUUUCGAUCUUUUGCUCAAGGAAGCCAAAGCCAAGUUGCGCAAGCGAAAGGUUUGACAUACGUACUGCUUAUUAGUUAUAAAUGUUAUUUAAAGAAAAGCAAAAACAAACGUAGCAGAUUUCUCCAACGUUUUUGAGAUUUAGAAUGUAGCUCGUCGUAAAGAUCGUGUUAAUUCGAUAGAGGAAAAAAAGUUGAGCGAUACGAAAAAACAAAUUGAAAUUGAUGAAUCGAAUAGAAAAGAAACUGGAUGCUACUCCCAAAAGCAUGUUAAGAUUAAUGGUGCAUAAAAAUAAAGAAUAACAUUUAAACAGAAAAAACAGUAAUGCAGUAAUCAAGCGAAUUAACCACAAUUACCAGCAGGCUAACGUCAUUGGAUAUAUAUCCAUUAGUAUCAUUCACGGCAGUAAAUAUUUGAGUAAAACAUAAUAAUUGAGAUAUAUGAAGAAAUAAAAGUAAACGAGAGAUGAAGAAAAAAACAAAUGACGAACGUUAAUGAUAUUCGGAGAAUAUUGGGGAGGCUGUUUUUAGUGACUCAUUAUUAUCAACGGCAAUUUAGGCAAGAGUUGUUUGGUGGAGAGCUCCCUCCUCCUCCUCCUCCUCCUCCUCCUCCUCCUCCUCCUCCUCCUCCUCCUCCUCCUCCUCCUCCUUCUCCUUCUGCUUCUCCGUUUUGUAAUUCGACAGUUGACUUGAAAAUGUAUUGAAUUGGAUAGCUCCCUUUUUUGUUUUUUCUUCUACUCGACAUAUACUCGUCGAAAUUGAGCGAUCUCUAUUUCCAUCGAAUGACGUAGUUUUGCCGUAUAUCAUUAUGAAGGAAAAAAUUUCUUCAUAAGGAAAAGAGAAAUGAAGCCAGCAGAAGUUUCUUUACAAAUGAAUGAAUCGUUUGUGGAGCUGUCAAUCAAUCUCACCUUCAUGACUGCCAUGGAAAUUCGGUUAAGAUUCAAAGAUCGACAGAUUCUUCAGGAUAUUCGAGCACUGAUUUGUUGAAAACAUCGAUUAUCGUCAAAUUGUAUGUGAGAGUGUAAUUGCAAUCACCAUUUGGAGUUCGUUGGUCCAAAGUUUUUUGUCAAGUACAACUUUGGUGUAAAAUGUUUAAUACGUAACUAAAGGAGUAGAUUUUUUUUUUUUGUAUCUCGUGCGAAUUGAUGUUAAGGAAAUUACUUCUGUGGCAAUGUGAAAAAAAAUUCGCAUAAGCAUUAUUUGCUUCAUAUACUCAUUUCGCUGUUAUUGUUUCAACUCUUUCUUUAUUGAAGAAGUAGGCUAGUAUAAUCGUCCAAUUUUUUUUAUUUGAAAUUCAUUCUUCAAACGCCAUUGUCAUUUUCUUAGCAUCGUUUGUUCAUACCUUUUACAGUAGAGGCAAUUAUUUGUAUUUCCAUUCAAUGUCAGAAAUGGGAAUAGACUAAAUUAAUUUUCUUCUAUUUUUUGUAUCAUCCAUGUCGUCGAACUUCCGCGUGUUUUUAUUGAACUUUAUUUCUUGUUAUUUUGUCUUGUCAAUACAGCGAAUGGAUGCUCGACUAAAGAGUCUAACUGAACGUCGUUAUACCAUAUAUUAAACAAAUAAUUUUGGGGUUCAUGACUGUGAAAAAAAAAACAAACAAAAAACAUGAUGAAAUUCUGACUGUGACAUCGAAAUAAAUAUAUUAAAAUUACAAAUUUUCAACGUUUUCGUACUUUUCUACUCGCUCUUCAUUUAUUUUUUGCGUCCGCAUUCUAAUGCAAAAUCCUGCUUUUUUUUUCUUUCUUGUGAUAGAAUGUAUUGUUUAUUGAUAAAAUUUUUUUACCGACACUUGAAGACAUUUGAAGAGGUCUUUUCUUCAAAGUUGCUUGGGACAAGUGAACCGGUCGCAACGAAUCACCACACGAAAAACAGAAUUCUAGACAAAAUGAAGAAAAUAACGCUUGCCCACGCUAUUCAUUCGUUAGCUACUAUUGUCCUACGAUUCGCAAGUCAUUUCACGGACUCAUUCAUUUUUCUAUCAUUUUUUGUACGACAAACGUAUUAUAAUCUUCUAUUUAUUGUAAAAUGUGUGUAUGAAAUCGAGUAACUAAGUAAGUAAAUAUAAGAGUGUUCAAAAAGUAUGAACGAGAACAUUAUUAUCGUGCCUAGUUUAUCGGUAACAUGAAGAAUUACACAACUUAUGAAUAGGAAAAGUACAUUCUUUCGACAAUUUUUAUUGAGAGAGCAUGGAAAAAAAAAGGUAAUUAUGCAGAAGUGAGGCGUCACCUUAAAAUGACACCAUUUUUUUUUUUUGUAAUGCAUCUUGUGAAUUAGUAACGAUGUAACAACGGUCCGGAACAUUUUUAGAUGGAUGCGCAGAAUCGUUGGGUAGGUCCGCAACACCUUUGGAUGUAUAUGGGGAAUCGUUGAACACACUGAAAUUAUUGGGUCGAUCCGGAGCAUAUCUUUGGAUGAGUUCGCGGAAUCGUUAACACCGCAAAAUCCAUGAGAACCCCUCCGAGAUGUACAAAAAUGCCCGAUUUUAUCGUGUGUUUCCCGGUUCAAAUUUACUAAUAGCGACAUGCUGAAAAGACGUUCAUACGAGAAAAAGAAAAAAAAAGAAUUUCCCCUAAAAUUGGAGUGGUGUCCCCCUUCUGCAUAAUUACCAAAAAAAAAUGUGAUUUUUCGGGAAAAAAUGAUAUAUUUCGGUUAAAUCGUUAUUUGUGGAUGCAAGGAUUUUUCAAUUAUUAAUAAUACUAUUUCCAAAUCUUGCACGAUUUAUCUUAUGCAUCACGGAUACAUCAAAAUAAAAUCCGUCAAUUAUAGAGGAUUUCGAUUUUUUUCAAAAUAUAUCGACAAACUUUUUUUGUUCUUUCGUUAUAUUAUUCAAUAUUUUUAGCAUAGCUCCGUACCCUCCUCGUCACGAGCAUGCAUGCUCAAUGAACUUUAUUUAAAAAUGAAAUCAACUGUAUGAGUUACAUGGUGAAAACAAAAGUUUGGAUUCAUAUCGAAGCUUGGGAUAUGGACAAUAUUGUAAAAAAUAUGUUCGGUGUUUCCGAUAAAAAGUCCAUAAGUGUGAGGCGACAAUGAUUUUUUCUAGAUAAACAUCAAUUGAACGAAAAUUUCUGAGAAAAUAAAUAAAUUAUGUACGUCACCGUUAGACGACGAUGCACCGGUUUGGCGUGAAAUGGACUAAUUACGAACGAACGCCCUGCGCUGAUUGUACAUAGCUGAAAAAUAAUUUGAAAGGUUCUUUCCGCCUGUCGUAAAUCAGUAUAGGAUUAAGUCUAGAAAAUAAUAUCGCUCAACCAAGUUUACGAUAAUGUUUUUGUAAUCUCACGUUUGGAGGAGAUGAAAAAUUGUCAGAGAAAAGAGAAAAAAAGAAAACUGGAGGAGAAAGAAUACAUAUGUGUAUAUUAUGUUACCACCGACAUGUGAUAAACGAAAUACGAUGUUUUUAACUUUUGUUGUAUUAUGUGUACAAAUAAAAAAUCUAUAAUAAAUAAUAA